GUACAAAGUUCAGUUGAGUCAGAAAUAUUGAGAAAAAGCAUAAAUUUUUUCAUACCGGUUGCUCUACAAAGCCUGUCAAGACCCUUUGGAAUCACUGAUUUUUCACAUCUAAGCACCGAAAUGAUUUAGGGUUUCGGGUUCUCUUCUUAGCUUCUCAUCCUACACAACAAAAUCCCAAUAUUUUAGUGCAAUGGGGGCCUCUCCGGAUGGUGAGGGAAACGGAGAAUUGAGUGGUACUGCUAGUGGAAAGUUUGCGAACGGAACUUAUAUGGACAUAGAUGACGAUAUGUUUGAUGACAAGUUCAGUGUGCAAGAGCUAGGAGAAGAGUUUUUGAGGAAUUUCUGUAAGAAAACAGCCUUGUCGUUCUUCAAUCAGUACGGUCUCAUCAGCCAUCAGAUUAACUCCUACAACGAUUUCAUCAAGCAUGGUCUCCAGGACACUUUCAAUUCGUUUGGAGAAUUCGUUAUUCAUUCCGGGUAUGACCCGUCGAAGAAGGGAGAAGGUGACUGGCGUCACGCUAGAGUCAGGUUCGGGAAAGUAACCGUCGAUAGGCCGACGUUUUGGGCUGUCUCCGGCGACAAGGAGCUCAACAUGCUACCUAGGCAUGCACGCCUUCAAAAUAUGACCUAUUCUUCGAGGGUGAAGGUUCAUGUUGAUCUUGAGGUAUAUACAGCGAAAAGUGUGAAGAGUGACAAAUUUAAAACAGGACAAGAAGAAAUGGUUGAGGAGGAGGUUGUCUAUCGAGAUAACAGGGAGAUUCUAAUUGGGAGGAUCCCUGUGAUGGUAAGAUCUGACCUGUGUUGGUUGAAUGAGGUUGAAAAGGGUGAUUGUGAUUUUGAUUAUGGAGGCUAUUUUCUGAUAAAGGGUUCAGAAAAGAUAUUCAUUGCACAAGAGCAAAUUUCUUUGAAGAGACUCUGGAUUUCAAACGUACCGGGUUGGACGGUUGCUUACAGGUCGGAGGUGAAGAGAAAUAGAUUCAUUAUUAGACUAGUGGAGAAUUCUAAAAUUGAACAUAUCAAGGGGGGAGAGAAAAUCCUGACCGUUUAUUUCUUGUCAUUUGAGAUUCCCGCGUGGAUUUUGUUUUUUGCCCUUGGUGUAAUAUCAGACAAAGAAGUUGUAGAUCUGAUUGGUUAUGGAAGCUAUGACUCCGGUAUAUCAAACAUAUUGUUUGCCUCAAUUCAAGAUGCUGAUUGGAGAUGUCCUAAUUUUCGAGAAGGAAAAAAUGCUCUGAACCAUUUGGACAAAUUACGCAAGGAAACCAGAUUUCCCGCUGAAGAAGGUGCGGAAGAGUGCCUUAGAAGGUAUAUGUUUCCCUCUCUUCAGGGUUUCAAGCAAAAGGCUCGCUUCUUGGGCUACAUGGUUAAGUGUCUUUUGCAAGCUCACAAUGGUCUUAGAAAGUGCGACAACAGAGAUGAUUUCAGGAACAAGAGGUUAGGGAUGGCUGGUGAGUUGCUUGAGCGUGAACUGAAAGUUCACAUUGCGCAUGCAAGGAGGCGAAUGUCAAAGUCACUGCAGAGAGAUCUUUAUGCAGAUCGUACUGUUCGUCCAAUUGAGCAUUAUCUGGAUGCUUCCAUAGUCACAAAUGGGCUCUCUAGAGCGUUUUCUACUGGAGCAUGGUCGCAUCCUUACAAAAAGAUGGAAAGAAUUUCAGGUGUAGUGGCGAAUCUAGGACGAGCAAAUCCAUUGCAGACAAUGAUUGAUUUGAGGAAAACACGUCAGCAGGUCUCAUACACUGGAAAGGUUGGAGAUGCAAGAUACCCACAUCCAUCUCAUUGGGGAAAAGUUUGUUUCCUCUCGACUCCAGACGGUGAAAAUUGUGGGCUUGUGAAAAACCUGGCAACCACAGCACUUGUGAGUACGAAUGUAGUGGAACCCAUAGUUGACAAGUUGUUUGAUUCUGGAAUGGAGAAAGUGGAUAACGAUACAUCGAGCGCAGUUGAUGGGAAAGAUAAGGUUUUUCUGAAUGGGGAAUGGGUUGGUGUUUGUGAAGAUUCCCUUUUCUUUGCCACUGAGCUUAGAAGAAACCGACGGAGGAAAGAAUUACCUUUUCAGGUGGAAAUUAAAAGAGAUAAGCAUAAAGGAGAGGUGCGCAUCUUUUCGGAUGCUGGGAGGAUUAUGCGGCCUCUUUUAGUUGUCGAGAAUUUAUUCAAACUAAAAUCAUUUAAGGGGAAGGAGAAUUACACCUUCCAGUCCCUAUUAGACCAGGGGAUAAUUGAGCUAAUUGCAGCCGAAGAAGAGGAGGACUGUUGUACAGCAUGGGAUAUCAAGUACCUUUUUGCAGAUGUUGAGGGGAAGCAACCUGUUAAGUAUACGCAUUGCGAGCUUGACAUGUCUUUUCUUUUGAGUUUAAGCUGUGGGAUCAUUCCAUUUGCGAAUCAUGAUCAUUCAAGGAGAGUUCUGUACCAGGCACAAAAACAUUCUCAACAGGCUAUUGGGUUUUCUACAACAAAUCCAAACAUCAGGGUUGACACAUUGUCGCACCGAAUGUAUUAUCCCCAAAGACCACUCUUUCAAACAAUGACAGCUGAUUGUCUCGGAAAAUCAGGAUAUCCCCUAGGUCAGAAUAGAAUGCAACCAAAGCCAGAAUUGUACAACGGCCAGAACGCCAUUGUGGCUGUCAAUGUUCAUCUUGGAUACAAUCAAGAGGAUUCUUUGGUAAUGAACCGAGCAUCUAUAGAGCGUGGAAUGUUCCGUACUGAACAUGUAAGAAGCUACAAAGCAGAAGUAGAGAACACGGAAAUUCAGGAGAGGAGGCGGAAACCUGAAGAUAUUGUAAAUUUUGGGAAAACAGAAAGUAAGAUCGGACGUGUGGACAGCCUUGAUGAUGAUGGUUUUCCUUAUAUUGGUGCGAGUCUGCAGUCUGGUGACAUUGUCAUCGGGAGGUUUGCUGAAUCUGGAGCUGAUCAUGGUGUAAAACUGAAGCACUCUGAAAGAGGCAUGGUUCAGAAAGUUGUGCUAUCUUCAAAUGAUGAUGGUAAAAAUUUUGCUGUAGUAUCUCUGAGACAGGUUCGUUCUCCCUGUCUCGGAGACAAGUUCUCAAGCAUGCAUGGGCAAAAGGGUGUCCUUGGUUUUCUGGAGUCUCAAGAGAACUUUCCAUUCACGAUUCAAGGAAUAGUUCCCGAUAUGGUAAUUAACCCACAUGCAUUUCCCACGAGACAAACUCCGGGUCAACUCUUGGAGGCUGCUUUGGGAAAGGGGAUUGCCUGUGGUGGGUCAAUGAAAUAUGCCACCCCUUUCUCCACUCUCUCCAUGGAUGUCAUUACAGAACAGCUUCAUAGGGCUGGAUUUUCAAGAUGGGGAAAUGAGAGAGUUUACAAUGGUCGUACAGGCGAGAUGGUUCAUUCACUUAUAUUCAUGGGUCCAACAUUCUACCAGCGUCUCGUCCACAUGUCGGAAGACAAAGUAAAAUUUCGCAACACCGGGCCUGUGCACCCACUUACAAGGCAGCCAGUUGCUGACCGGAAACGUUUUGGUGGGAUCAAAUUUGGUGAGAUGGAACGCGACUGCCUGAUUGCUCAUGGUGCCUCAGCCAACUUGCACGAGCGCCUCUUCACGCUUAGUGAUUCCUCCCAGAUGCAUGUAUGCAAGAAUUGCAAAAACACCGCAAACGUUAUCGAACGGUCAGUAGCUGCCGGCCGAAAGAUCAGGGGACCCUACUGCCGGGUUUGCCAGUCCGGAGAUGGCAUCGUACGAGUUAGUGUUCCUUAUGGAGCUAAGCUAUUGUGCCAGGAGCUAUUCAGCAUGGGGAUUAGUCUGAAAUUUGAAACCCAGCUUUGUUGAGUUACUGCUUUCAAGUGCAAGUACUUUUUU